CGAAGUACUUUACUGUCUCUCCACUGCAUCUCCAAACACUGCGCUUGCAACGCAACACGCCUCUCCCUUGUCUCCUGCUCUUCCUCCCCUUCAUCCCCCUCGGUCUAAUGCCGUAAUCUACCUCGCGUCCAUCUUCAGUCCCUUCCCACCACGCUACUCCAUCGGCGUCCCUUGACCCCUUUGGAAAGGGAGAGUCCUUCGAGCUACGGCCAGGGAGACGCAAGUCGUCAAUUCUUCUGCCGUCCUUUUCGACCCUUCACACACACAUCUGGCCAUCGCCGUUCAUCCCAAUGGCGGCCCAAGAUGCGACGACGAGCGCAUUAGACGCGCACGGCGAUGCGAGGAAACGACAUGUUGCCGGUCAGCCCAAUGGCACCUUCGUCCCUGUCAUCCCCCGAGUGCCGGAUGAGAAGGAGAAGGCAAAGCACAAGACCACCUCCCUCCUCCAGACCCUCGACGACUACGAGUUCAUCAUCGCGCCCCUAAUCUUCACUGCCCUUGCCUUCUUCACUCGCAUGUGGAAGAUCGGCCUCUCCCCCAUUGUCACCUGGGACGAAGCACACUUUGGCAAAUUCGGCUCGCACUACCUCAAGCGAGAGUUCUACUUCGAUGUCCAUCCGCCCCUGGGCAAGAUGCUGGUCGGUCUGUCCGGCCUGCUCGCGGGCUACAACGGCUCCUUUGAAUUCAAGUCCGGCGAGACGUACCCGGAAGAGUUGAACUACACCUACAUGCGCGUCUUCAACUCAGCCUUCGGCGCGCUGUGCAUUCCCCUCGCCUACUUCACGGCCAAGGAGCUGCAUUUCAAGCGGCCGACCGUGUGGCUGAUUACCGCCAUGGUGUUGUGCGAGAACAGCUACACCACCAUCAGCCGAUUCAUCCUGCUCGACAGCAUGCUGCUCUUCUUCACCUUCACCACCGUCUUCACCUGGGCCAAGUUCCACAACCAGCGACACGACCCCUUCUCUCCCGAAUGGGGCUUCUGGCUGAUGAUGAGCGGUCUCUCCAUCGGCUGUGUGUGCAGCGUCAAGUGGGUGGGCAUGUUCGGCACAGCGCUCGUCGGUCUCUACACCAUUGAAGAUCUGUGGAACAAGUUUGGCAAUCUCAGGAUGCCCAAGGUCGAGCUGGCGGCGCAUGUUGGCUUCCGCGUGGUGGGCCUCAUUAUCCUCCCCUUGAUGGUCUACAUGUUCUCCUUUUGGAUCCACUUCUUGAUCCUUGAGAACAGUGGACCCGGCGACGCUCAAAUGUCCUCGCUUUUCCAGGCGAAUCUGCGAGGCACCGAGGUGGGCAAAGACAGUCCGCUCGAGAUUGCAUUGGGGUCGCGCGCCACGCUCAAGAACAUGGGCUACGGUGGUGGACUCCUCCACUCGCACGUUCAGACCUUCCCUGAAGGUUCCCAGCAGCAGCAAAUCACUUGCUACCACCAUAAAGACGCCAACAACGACUGGUUCUUCUACCCCAACCGCGAUGAGCCGCUGUUCGACCCGGAGGCACCACUGAAGUUUGUCGGCAACGGCGACACCCUUCGUUUCGUUCACGCCCAGACCGGCCGCAACCUCCAUUCUCACCAGGUCUCCGCUCCCGUCACCAAGAGCGAUUACGAAGUGUCUUGCUACGGCAACACCACCGUGGGCGACACGAAAGAUCACUGGAUUAUCGAGGUGGUGGACGAUGCCGCCUCGAGUGACUACUCCAAGAUUCGCACGCUGACCACCGCUUUCCGCCUGAAGCAUGCCGAUCUCGGAUGUUAUUUGCGCGCGGGCAACGUCAACCUGCCGCAGUGGGGUUUCAAGCAGAUUGAGACGACGUGUGUGAAGGUUAACAAGCCGCGUGACGUGUACACGCAUUGGAACGUGGAGUCUCACUGGAACGAGAAGCUCCCUCCGGGCGACCCAGGCUCCUACAAGUCCCCCUUCCUCCGCGACUUCGUCCACCUCAACGUAGCCAUGAUGACCUCGAACAACGCCCUCGUCCCCGACCCCGACAAGCAAGACGACCUCGCCUCCGCACCGUGGCAAUGGCCCCUCCUCAACGUCGGCCUGCGCAUGUGCAGCUGGGACGACGAAACGGUCAAGUACUUCCUGCUCGGUAACCCGCUGGUGUACUGGGGCUCGACCGCCUCGCUCGGCAUCUUCGUCGCCAUGCUCGCGUGGUACCUGAUUCGCUGGCAGCGCGGCUACGACGAGCUCACGUGGGCCCAGGUCGACCACUUCCAUUACUCCGGCAUCUACCCCGUCAUCGGAUGGGUGCUGCACUACCUGCCUUUCCUCGCCAUGGCGCGUGUCACGUAUGUGCAUCAUUACUACCCCGCGCUGUACUUUGCUAUCUUGUGUGCCGGCUUUAUCGUGGACUGGUACACGCGUGCGCUGCCGAAGCGCGUGCAGUGGACGCUUUUCAGCGUGCUGUAUGCGGCUGUUGUCGGGCUUUAUUGGCUGUUUAGGGCGAUUUCAUUCGGUAUGGAAGGUCCUAACCAGCAGUGGAGUCAUCUGAGGUGGUUGGAGGGAUGGAAGAUGGCGGAUGAAUAGGGAGUGGAGAGUGAACGUAGCAAGAGGCGGUGAAGGAAGGUAAAGGAGAGGCGGAGGACGAGUGGCUUUUCAUUUUCUCGAAAGGAGUAAGGCGGAAAAUGAAAUGGCAAGCAUUCAUACUGGGAUGAAUGGAUGGGUGGGUGGGUAGUAUGUAAGGAUUACAUCGGUAGAGCUUAGCGAAGUUGAAGCGGUUUCCUCUCGUUGUG